AUGCCACCCCCAGCUAUCGCACCGCCGUCACCUCCCACUGAUGGUGAUGACGAUGACAUCCCUCGACAGACACCAAGCCCUCCGUCUCCAGUUACACCCCCGCUUGGGAGCAACGAGAUUAUCCCCAUGCGCAUGUUCAACGAUCCAGAUGCGCACCGCGGUCGGCGAAGCCACGACUUGCCAGUCAGACCAGCCGACGAGCCCGCUCAGCCAACUGUUCUCCCCUCGUCCACGCGGUGGGUGACGCCGCACCAAGACGACGAGAUCAGACCAGCGACGCCGCGGGAGGCGCCCAGAAUCAGAAGACCCGUGUCCGGCCGUCAAGCCCAAAAUCGCCCCCGGGCGCAGUCGGCAUCCCAGGCAUUACAGCCGACCCCCGUGAACCGCGACAGUCUUCCCACAUUCGCCCAGUCUCAGGCUGACUACGGUCACCCCGCCAAUCCUCUCCAUGCUCACCCAGUGCCUGAAGUCAGAACCCAUGCGCCUCCAGAGAAGCUGCCCAUCGACCAGGUUCUGUAUCAGGACCACCUAGAUGCGUCAUUCGCACCGCCUGCUCCUGUGCCGCCACCACCGCCUCCACCACCGCCUCCAGCUCCAGCGUUAGCAGCCUCGACCACAUAUCUCCCCGCACCUCAGGCGACAAUGUCGAGGUCUUCAUCAAGUCUUGAUCUGUCCCGUUCGACAUCCACUGACAGCCCCUCUCCAGCUGGGUCCCCGGCCAGAGGCAAGUGGUUCGCUAGCCUGGGACAGAAAACAUCAUCAGGAUUCAACAAUCUGGCCCAGAAGUUUGGAGGAACCGGCUUCGUCCCCGGUACGCUCGAAAAGGAGUGCGACAAGGCGGCCCUCAUCCUCAAGACAUUCUGCAAGGAAGGUGUCUACGCAGACCCCGUCAAGGUGACCGACUCGGCAGCCUUGCCGCCAAUGGAGGAGGGCCAGCUCACGACAGCCUCGACGCCGAAGAGACCACAAGCCAUGAUGACCAUUCCCACGAGAAUCAUCAACGAGGCCGUCGGAUUGGCCAUCUUCACCACCUUCCGCGCCGGCCUCGAGUUCAAGUUCGCGUCUGGGUCGGGAAUCCUCGUGGCGCGCCUGCACGACAGAUCAUGGAGUCCUCCGUCUGCGAUCCAGCUCCAUUCGUUUGGGGGCGGCUUCGUGGCCGGCAUGGACAUCUUUGACUCUGUGUGCGUCAUCAACACCCAGGAAGCCCUCGCCGACUUUAUGACCAAGAGAGUCAGCAUUGGCGGCAACGUCGCCGCCGUGGCUGGACCUUGGGGUGUCGGCCGCGCGGUCGACUGGGCUACCAAGGUGGACAACAAGGGCAAAGGCAAGGACGCAGCCUUGGCCGACGACUCGACUACUGCCUUGAAUAGCCCUCCCGCCCUCCCGACCCUACAAGUCAAUGGUUCUCGCGCCAAGAUGGACAAGGAGAUUCGUGGGCAGGGCGGGGCUCAACCCAAGAAGUUCCAGCCCAUCUUCUCCUAUAUCAAGUCACGGGGGCUCUAUGCAGGUGUGGGGUACGAUGGCACAGUCAUCCAGGAGCGUAAAUCAGCCAACGCGUCGUUCUACGGCAAGGUGGUGACAUGCGAAGAGAUCCUGCGCGGACAGGUGCCGCCACCGGAGGACAAUGCUGCGCUGCAGAAGCUGUGCGACGUGCUCAAGGGUGCCGAUGGCGGGCAUGGACUAAGCAUGUCCAUUGAUGCCACGAUCUCUCCUCUAAUUAUCGAUACAGCAGAGCAACAGCCGAGUAUCACGGUAUCGGGCGACGGAGCAUCGUCGUCGUCGUCAGAUGGCCUGUCGGCACCGUUGCCCCCCGCAUAUCCUGUUGAUUCUCUGCACCCAGCUGAGGCGUGCGCACCGGAGAAGUUUGGUCGCCUUUAG